AGGGUCUCACAGCGGCGGCAGGUGGGAGCUUGGAUGUUGAUAUCAACAUGGCGCUUGUCAGACAGACAAAGGCAGUCAGUCUGGUCUGAUUGAGCCCAAAAGGGAGCAGGAAGAAGUGGGAGGGGUUUUUUCCUUUCCUUGGGGGGUUCAAAGCAAGCAGAGCUUGGGAGUCUGAAGCAAUUCCCCCCCUGGAGCUCCUCUCCAUUUUAUUUUGCAGGAUCCCCUAAAAAAAAAAGAAAUCUCUUCGCUUUUCCUAUUUGGGAGCCACCCCCAACUUCUGCCUCUAAAUGGUCAAGUGGAGAAAAAAGUAGACAGAACCAAAACAUCUCAACUGAAAAUGGCAGAUUGACGUGUCAGUGAGAAAUGGCUGUACUAGUUCACACUGCAGAAUGAUAACAAAUACUGAAGACCUCCAAGAGGCUUUCUGACCUUCCUCUCCCCAUGUAAAUUAUGCUGAGAACCUUUCCAGUGGUUCUGCUGGAAACCAUGUUUCACUACACAGAUGAACCCAGAUUCACCAUAGAGCAAAUAGAUCUACUUCAACGCCUGCGGCGUACUGGUAUGACACGCCACGAAAUCCUCCAUGCUUUGGAAACCUUUGACCGUCUUGACCAGGAACAUAGUGACAAGUUUGGGCGGCGGUCUGCCUAUGGGAGUGGAUCCUGUAGUAACAGCACCAACAAUGUUCCAGCGUCUUCCUCUACAGCCACAGCUUCCACACAGACCCAGCACUCUGGGAUGUCCCCAUCUCCAAGCAACAGUUAUGAUACCUCCCCACAACCUUGCACUACCAAUCAAAAUGGGAGGGAGAGUAACGAGAGGUUGUCUGCCUUCAAUGGGAAGAUGUCGCCCACACGGUACCCUCUGGCAAAUAGCAUGGCUCAAAGGUCAUAUAGCUUUGAAGCCUCGGAGGAGGACUUGGAUGUAGAUGAUAAAGUAGAAGAAUUGAUGAGGAGGGACAGCAGCGUGAUAAAAGAGGAAAUCAAAGCCUUCCUGGCCAACCGGAGGAUUUCUCAAGCAGUUGUUGCACAGGUUACAGGCAUCAGUCAGAGUCGGAUCUCCCACUGGCUGUUGCAACAGGGAUCAGACCUGAGUGAACAAAAGAAAAGGGCCUUUUACCGAUGGUACCAGCUUGAGAAAUCAAAUCCAGGGGCUACAUUAAGCAUGAGACCCGCCCCUCUUCCAGUUGAAGAGCCAGAAUGGAGACAGACGCCUCCGCCAGUCACAGCUACCUCUGGGACUUUCCGCUUGCGACGUGGCAGUCGGUUUACCUGGAGAAAGGAAUGUUUGGCUGUCAUGGAAAGCUACUUCAAUGAGAAUCAAUAUCCUGAUGAGGCCAAGAGAGAAGAAAUUGCAAAUGCCUGUAAUGCAGUUAUUCAAAAGCCAGGAAAGAAGCUGUCAGAUCUGGAGCGAGUUACCUCCCUCAAAGUGUACAAUUGGUUUGCCAAUAGAAGGAAGGAAAUCAAGCGGCGAGCCAAUAUUGAAGCAGCAAUCCUGGAGAGUCAUGGGAUAGAUGUACAAAGCCCCGGAGGCCACUCCAACAGUGACGACGUAGACGGAAAUGACUAUUCAGAGCAGGAGUCUUGGCAAGUACGCAAUGGGGAGGAGGAGGGAAGAUGUACAGAGGGAGGCAGAGAAGCAGAGAAGUUAGAAGAAGACAGGAGGAUCUGCUCAAAACAAGAUGACAACACUAGCCAUAGCGACCACCAAGACCCUAUCUCACUAGCCGUGGAGAUGGCAGCGGUAAAUCACACCAUUCUGGCGUUGGCCCGGCAAGGAACCAGCGAGAUCAAAACAGAGGCCCUGGAUGAUGACUGAUGACGCGAUGGAGGGGGAGGGCUCCCAGAUGAGAAAGUAACUUAGUUUUAGACGUAGCACCUUAGCAGCCUUUUUCCUGGUCCCUAAUAUGUGUCCUUCUUUACAAUAUAACUUUGCAGUCUCUUGUACGUCAAGUUUGCCGUUUAGGGUCUUGUCCUGUGAAGAUGGCAUGGUGCCCUCUGACUCUGCAUAUAAACUCUCAGUAUUAACUCCCAGUCAGAUAAUUAACCAAGCCGACUGACCUCCCGCUCCCAGUGCUCCCAUCCCUCAGCUAGAUGAAAACCUUUGCUGCUCUGUCUUUAGCAUUCCAUGAACGUGCUUCCAGGUGUCGUAGGCAGCCCUCGAUUCCAAGCCUUAGGCUAAAUCUGUAGGAAAAAAAAAACCGUACAAACUUGGAUUAUCCUUCAGACUUCCUGGUGUUAACACUUUUUUUUAUUUCCUCUUGUUAUUGUUACAAAACCAAAAGGAGACAAUGGAGAUGUAGUGGUUUAGAGGAAAAUGGGUUGAGAGUUUGGACAGAGAACAGGGUAAUGAUGAAUCUCAGAUCUGUUGUGAACGUCUUGUUACCAGGUGCCAAUAAGGUGGGCCUCCCUUGGCAGUGCAGCAAUAUCCUCUUUACUGCUUUUCCAUAGGAUUAGUACCCUGGCUGGUUGGGAAGGAGAAGGGGAAAGUCCACCAGCUUCUUUUGAUUGAUGUUUGCUGCUGACGUGGUCAACAUAAACUUCCUCUUUUCUUUGCAAAUUGUGUUAUGGGAGGAACGAAGCAUUUCCCGCCUCCCUUCAAUUCUUAAGUAUCCCCAGUUAGGCCAAAGUUUCCAUCUAUAGAAGAAGCUGUGUCUCUGAAUGAGACCCACUGUGGCUGUGUUCCUUCCAAUAAGUGGUCAAUAAGGCUGAGGGUGGCUAAGGAAUGAUGUAGGCGUGAUUGGAUCAUUCACAAUUCUUUUAUCAGUUUAGUCAUAAGUGAGCCCCGACAAGUUCAUUAACAUUUAAACCCACACAAUGCAAUUAUAUUCUCAGACAGCCCCAUGAAAAAUUCCUACUCUUGGAAAAGACAUGAUUUAUAUAUGAAGAUAGGAUGAGCAUUGAUGGAAGUGAAUAAGUUAUUUUUACACACACACACACACACACACACACACACACACACACACACUGAUGAAACAUGUGAAGUAGCUCUCCAGUUCAGACUAUAAUCAGAAGUUGCAGAUAACUUGG